GCAUCUCUGGCCUGAGGGAAUAAUGUAAUUUUACCAGUAACAGUGCAAGCACCAUGGGAUGAUGUGUAAGUUAUAGUUGCACAAGACGGGCACCCAGCCAUCAGAGUGACAGCGAGGGGCUUUCCCGCUCAGGCUGGCCGGAAGCCAGGUGCCUCCCACGCUUAGAUCAUGGCUGCCCCGAGCUGUUACGCGCUUUGUGGCUAAUAUGAAGCCCCGCCGCUCCGGACAUGCAGAAGCAGAGCAGCCCCGGGUUCCUCCGGUGUAUCUCUAGCAAUCAGGCGGGACAUGCACGCCCUGCUGUCGUCCGAGUUUGAUGAAGGGACCCCCGACCGAAGCAGGCCGGGGCCUGGGAGUGCGAGCGAGAGAGACCCGGGCCUGUCUUGGAUCCAACAAACCCAGCAGCAGGUGCGGGACUGCCCAAGCCUCACUCUGGUUCUGCAGGAACCGGUACCCGUACUGGUGCUGGCUGUGCUGCGCUACUUAGGGCCCCCCGGAAGGCGACAUACGUUCUGCUAUGAUCUGUGCCUGUGGGACGGGGCCCAUGGGGGGCUAUGGCAUCUGCACUCACACCUCAACUAUCUGGUCCAACGCAAUAUUGUGCGCAGCGGGGCCCGGGUCACAAUCAGCCGCUGCUCCUACACGUACAGUGAGAAGAGCCUGGGCAGCGGCUUCGUGUGUGUGGAGGAGCUGGAAGUUAGCGAGGAACUGCUCGCACAGCCUAAUGCUGCACUACUGACUGCCAGCCAACAGCCUAAUGCUGCACUACUGUCUGCCAGCCAACAGCUACCGCUGCUAGGGGGGAGGAAACAUUAUCUGCCGCUGUGGAAUAACGAAGACCCCUAUGGAGACACUUGGAACAGCCCUAAAUUGGCAGAUGAUCAAGUCAGUAUUGAUGUGACCAAACUAACUUCGUUACAGCGAUUGGAAGUGCAAUGGAGGACAAGAAGGUCUUUGCCUCCAUUAUUGGUACGGAUUAUGUACAAAUCCAGACUUCGUUAUUUUGGGAAACCAGAAAAAAAAGUUGACAUUCCAUAUCAGGCCUAUUUUGAGGUUGCCGAUUACUCAGGAAUGAUGUCAGUGGUUUUGUGGAAUGAACUGUGUCCAGAAUGGUAUAAUACUCUGCAGGUGGGCAGUGUAAUUCUGCUUCAGCAGUACGCUGUAAAGCCAAGUUACCAGAGCAGGACACUCCCGACUCCGGGGGACUCGCAGGUGAAGAGGCUGCCUUCUGUAGAAAUAAGCCUCAAUGCCCGAGAUCCACCUUCCACUAUUACUGUUAUCAAGGAGAAGCUUGUUAAGCCUGAGUGGAGGUUACCGGAUGUGAAAUAUCACUUUGUCACAAGAAUGGAACUUAAUGACCUUCCGCAUAACAAAGUCUGUGAUGUGAUUGGUCUUGUCACCUAUGUUGGAAGAUGUGAACGGAAAAGACAAAAAGAUGACAGAGAAGACUUUUGGGUACAUCGCUGGGUUCAAAUGAUUGAUUCAAGUAUAGACCAGCCAUUUCUCAUUGAAAUAUUUGCCACCUCGCAACCUGACAUAUUUGAACAUAUACACCCAAUGUCGUACUUGGUGUGUACGCAAAUGAGAGUGGUUCGGGAAUGUCCAGAUGAUAGCUCUUUGACUCCAUAUCUCACAACAUCUAAUGAAAGCCAGGUAUUCAUAUCUGGGUAUCACAAAGGCCAGCCGUACAUCAGGGAUCCCAAAGUUCAACAUUUCAUAGAAUGGACGAAGACACAGAGUGAAGCUGAUCUUAGGAAGAAAACAGUAAUAGGUGGUUAUCAUCCAUAUCCAAUAACCCCAGAUACCUUCCCAAAGUAUUGCAAAGAUAACACAGCUGGAGAAAUUCUAAAGUUAUUCAGUGAAUUAAAGGAAACCAUUUCACAGCUUAAUUACAGAGAGCGAAAACGUGUUGCAAUUCAGGGCACUAUUGCUGCUAUAAAAUAUGUAGGCUGUCAUGGUUCUGCUGAAGAUACCUCUAAACAGGACCCAGUGCUGCUUCCUUUGCUGGAGAGUUCUGUAUCCAUUUCAACUGAAGAGGCUUUAGAGGUACAGCAUGAGACCCGGCUAGAACAGGAUGAAUGCUCUGAUGCCCAGCUCCAAUUAGGAGAAGAGAAACAAGCUUCACAUGAAGAAAUUAUUCAUCUGAGCCCAAUAAAAAGAAGGAAAAAAGACCAACUUGAAGUAAACCAUUCUUUGCAGGAAAUAAUGCAAGAUCAAGAGAAGCCAGCUGAGGAACUUCAGUCCACUGAAGGAGUUUCUGAUAAAGAAACCGAAUACCACGGAUUCUCUUGGGAAAGUAGUCUAUGGUCAGAAGUCAAGCAUUCCAUAGAAGAACACCUACAUUAUUCCAAUGUAGAUUUGGAAAGUAUUCCCCGCAAAUUUGAUUAUGCUCAAAAGGAAAUACUUAUGGAGCAAUAUAAUCUUCAUCCAGCUAAAAUGUCACAAUUUCCUCAUCCCCAAGGGCAAAUUGAGGAGUUUAAGCCUGCCAGUAACCUUGGUCACUAUAAAUUGACUAUACUCGGCAUAAAUCGAAAGGCAGCAAUAGAUGUUGUGUCUUUGCCUGUUUUGUGCUCCAAUGACUCAUAUGGAUUGGGCAUGAAUUUUCUUGCCCAGAAGACUGGUGGGGCUGAUAAUUUCUGUGAGAACGUAAAUUUUAUGGAGCAAAACAGGUUUUCACUUCAAGGUGAUGUUUUGAAAUUUGUGAAUGCCAAAGGCAGGCUACGUGUCAUUUGCAUCUUAGACAUCUGUCACCUGGGAGAGAACAGAAUUGAAGUUUACCUCAACAGAGUUUAUAACCUCACUAGUCCUGAAACAGAACCAGCCUCAUAACACCAGUAGAUUAUUUCCCCCUUAUUUUUGGACAGUUUUAUUUAUAGAAUGCAAUUUAUUGUGUUUUUUAAACUUUGUGUAAAUAAAAUACCUUUUUAAAAUAUUUUUUUUAAUAUUUUAAAACAAGUUGUUUUACAUGUACAUAUGUAACAGAGGUAUGUGGUUUUGGUCUUUUUUUUAAGGAUUGCGUCCAUUUGUCAUACCUGCUUUGUUUUAUUUAAAUAAGACAAAAAAUUACUGUUACAAUGUGUCUGUUAAUAUUGUAAUGAUGAUAAUUAAGUGGAAACCUAUUUUGUUGGUGUUUGUGCGCGUGUUUGUUUGUGAUCCUGACAGGUAAUCAUUUUCUGCAAUGCUCUGUUGUAUAUAUAGUAUUCUGUAAAAUCAUUCUGGCAUCUCUUUGCUACAUUCCUGUGGACUCCAUCUUACUAUCAUGCUGGAGAAAGACUGAGGAAAAGACACUGUUUACAUUAGUCAGUAAAUGUUACCUAAAAACAUUGUGUAAUAUUAAAGGAAAACUGUGACCCCAGAAUAAAUACACAACAAAACAAAUAGUUUAUUUCAUAUUAAA